CGCGCGCUCCGGCCCCUGCGCUGUGGAUCCCCGCGGGGCGAUGGGUUGAUGGGCCCCGGGGGACGCAGGAUGCUGGCGGCUCCCGCGCGUCUGCUGCUGCCGCUGCUGCUGCUCCUGGCGCCUGGGACUCGGGGCGCGCCGGGUUGCCCGGUCCCCAUCCGCAGCUGCAAGUGCUCGGGGGAGCGGCCCAAGGGACUGAGCGGUGGCGCCCCUAACCCGGCGCGCAGGCGGGUGGUGUGCGGCGGCGGGGACCUCCCGGAGCCUCCCGAGCCUGGCCUUCUGCCAAACGGCACCGUCACCCUACUCUUGAACAACAACAAGAUCACUGGGCUCCACAAUGGAUCCUUCUUGGGACUGUCCCUGCUGGAGAAGUUGGACCUGAGGAACAAUGUCAUAAGCACUGUACAGCCUGGAGCCUUCCUGGGUCUGGGGGAGCUGAAGCGCUUAGAUCUCUCCAACAACCGGAUUGGCUGUCUCACCUCUGAGACAUUCCAAGGCCUCCCCAGACUCCUCAGACUAAACAUAUCUGGAAACAUCUUCUCCAGUCUGCAACCUGGAGUCUUUGAUGAGCUGCCAGCCCUUAAGGUUGUGGACUUUGGCACUGAGUUCCUGACCUGUGACUGCCACUUGCGCUGGCUGCUUCCCUGGGCCCGAAAUCACUCUCUGCAGCUGUCUGAGCACACACUCUGUGCCUACCCCAGCACCCUGCAUGCCCAGGCCCUAGGCAGCCUCCAAGAGGCCCAGCUCCGAUGCGAAGGGGCGCUGGAACUGCAUACGCACCACCUUAUCCCAUCCCUUCGCCAAGUAGUGUUCCAGGGUGACCGGCUGCCCUUCCAGUGCUCUGCCAGUUACUUGGGCAAUGAUACUUACAUCCACUGGUACCACAACGGAGCCCCUGUGCUGGGUGAUGAGCAGGCAGGCAUCAUCCUGGCAGAGAACCUCAUUCAUGACUGCACCUUCAUCACUAGUGAGCUGACCCUGUCUCACAUUGGCGUGUGGGCGUCAGGCGAGUGGGAAUGCUCUGUAUCCACGGACCAGGGCAACACAAGCAAGAAGGUGGAGAUAGUGGUGCUGGAGACCUCUGCCUCCUACUGCCCUGCUGAGCGCGUGGCAAACAACCGUGGGGACUUCAGGUGGCCUCGAACCCUGGCUGGCAUCACAGCCUACCAGUCCUGCCUACAGUAUCCCUUCACCUCGGUGCCUCUAAAUGGGGGCGCCCCAGGUACCCGAGCCUCACGCCGGUGUGACCGAGCUGGCCGCUGGGAAGCAGGGGACUACUCCCACUGUCUGUACACCAAUGACAUCACCCGGGUGCUCUACACCUUUGUGCUGAUGCCCAUCAAUGCCUCCAACGCGCUGACCCUGGCCCACCAGCUCCGGGUAUACACUGCUGAGGCUGCCAGUUUUUCAGACAUGAUGGACGUAGUCUAUGUGGCUCAGAUGAUCCAGAAAUUUUUGGGUUAUGUUGACCAGAUCAAAGAGCUGGUGGAGGUGAUGGUGGACAUGGCCAGCAAUCUGAUGCUGGUGGAUGAGCACCUUUUGUGGCUGGCCCAGCGCGAGGACAAGGCCUGCAGUGGCAUCGUGGGAGCCCUGGAGCGCAUAGGCGGAGCUGCCCUCAGCCCCCAUGCCCAGCACAUCUCUGUGAAUUCAAGGAAUGUGGCAUUGGAGGCCUACCUCAUCAAGCCGCACAGCUACGUGGGCCUGACCUGCACGGCCUUCCAGAGGAGGGAGGUAGGAGUGCCAGGUGCACAGCCAGGUGGCCCUGGCCAGAAGGUCCCACUGGAGACUGAACCCCCAGCUGACCAGCAGCUCCGUUUCCGCUGUACCACUGGGAGACCCAACAUUUCUCUGUCAUCCUUUCACAUCAAGAACAGCGUGGCCCUGGCCUCCAUCCAGCUGCCCCCCAGCCUGUUCUCAACCCUUCCGGCUGCCCUGGCUCCCCCAGUCCCUCCAGAUUGCACCCUGCAACUGCUGGUCUUCAGAAAUGGCCGCCUUUUCCGCAGCCAUGGCAACACCUCCCGCCCUGGAGCAGCUGGGCCCGGCAAGAGGCGUGGUGUGGCCACUCCUGUCAUCUUUGCAGGAACCAGUGGCUGUGGUGUGGGAAACCUGACAGAGCCGGUGGCUGUUUCACUGCGGCACUGGGCUGAGGGGGCCGACCCCAUGGCAGCUUGGUGGAACCAGGAGGGACCUGGGGGCUGGAGCUCCCAAGGCUGCCAGCUCCGCUUCAGCCAGCCGAACGCCAGUUCCCUGCACUGCCAGCACUUGGGCAACGUGGCUGUCCUCAUGGAGCUGAGUGCUUUCCCCAGGGAGGCAGGAGGCCCCGGGGCUGGGCUGCACCCUGUUGUGUACCCCUGCACAGCACUGCUGCUACUCUGCCUCUUCUCCACCAUCAUCACCUACAUCCUCAACCACAGCUCCAUCCAUGUGUCCCGGAAGGGCUGGCACAUGCUGCUGAACCUGUGUUUCCACAUGGCCAUGACCUCUGCUGUCUUUGUGGGCGGCAUCACUCUCACCAACUACCAAAUGGUUUGCCAGGCGGUGGGCAUCACUCUGCACUACUCUUCACUGUCCACACUGCUCUGGAUGGGGGUAAAGGCCCGAGUCCUUCACAAGGAGCUCACGUGGAGGGCGCCCCCUUCAGAAGAAGGAGAUGCAGUCCCACCUGGGCCACGGCCCAUGCUCCGGUUCUAUUUGAUUGCUGGAGGGAUUCCUCUCAUCAUCUGUGGCAUCACUGCUGCGGUCAACAUCCACAACUACCGGGACCACAGCCCCUACUGCUGGCUGGUGUGGCGUCCAAGCCUCGGCGCCUUCUACAUUCCCGUGGCUCUGAUUCUGCCGGUCACCUGGAUCUACUUCUUGUGUGCAGGCCUGCACCUACGGGGCCACCGGAGCCCAAAGCACGGCCACAGCAGGCUGUCCCUGGAGCCCGGGGAAGAGCUGAGGGCGCCCACCAGGCUGCGGAGCGACUCGGGCUCCCUUCUGGCUGCAGCCGCGGGGCCAGGCGCGGCCGCGGCCCUCGAGGACGGCGACGGCCUCUACUCCCCCGGGGUCCAGCUCGGGGCGCUGAUGACCACGCACUUCCUGUACCUGGCAAUGUGGGCCUGCGGCGCCCUGGCUGUGUCCCAGCGCUGGCUGCCCCGGGUGGUCUGCGGCUGCCUGUACGGGGCGGCGGCCUCGGCGCUCGGCCUCUUCGUCUUCGCGCACCACUGCGCCAGGCGCGGGGACGUGCGGGCGUCCUGGCGCACCUGCUGUGCGCCCGCCUCGCCCUCGGCCCCCCGCGCGCCCGCCCGGGCCCUGCCGGCCGAGGACAGCCCAGGGGUGGGCGACGGCCCGGCAUCACUCAAGUCCUCCCCGAGCGGCAGCAGCGGCCGCGCGCCCUCGGCGCCCUGCAAACUCACCAACCUGCAGCUGGCCCAGAGCCAGGCGUGCGAGGCGGGGGUGACGGCCCGCGGCGAUGGGGAGCCCGAGCCCUCGGGCUCCCGGGGAGGCCCCGCCCCGCGGCACCCCAAUAACCUGCACCACGGGCGCCGAGCGCACCGAAGCCGGGCCAAGGGGCACCGCGCCGGGGAGGUGGUUGGCAAGAGCCGGCUCCAGGCGCUGCGCGCGGCCCCCGGGGCGCCCGAGCCGCCGUCCAGCGAGAGCGGCAGCCUGCACCACAGCCCCGACAGCUACCGGGGCAGCAGCCGCAACAGCCCCGGCCCGCCCGAGGCCGAGCCCAUGCUCACGCCGUCCGAGGGCAGCGACACGAGCGCCGCGCCCUUCCCCGAGCCCGCGCGGCCAGGGCAGCGCCGCAGCGCCAGCCGCGACAACCUCAAGGGCGGCGGCGCGCUGGACAGGGAGAGCAAGCGGCGCUCGUACCCGCUCAACACGGCCAGCCUGAACGGGGCCCCCAAGGGGGGCAAGUACGACGACGCCACCGUCGCCAGCGCCGAGGGGGCCGGCGGCUGCAUGAAGACCGGGCUCUGGAAGAGCGAGACCACGGUCUAGGGCGGGCGCGGGCCGGGUCGGGGUUAGGACGGGCGGCCGCUCCGGCUUGCCAUUCCCGGCUCCUCGCCAUCCGAGCGUCCACGUGCGCCAGCUAGAUUUCCGUGGCCCUGGGCGGGGAAAGGGGGCGGCAGGUGCUGGCCAGUUGUCUGCAGUAGUGACAAUCCCAGCUCGGAGGUCAGGUUUUUGAUGCCCUUCCAGGUGGGGACAAAUCUUCCUCAGCCUGGGGGGUUACCCAUGACGGGAGUGGAAGAGCCCAGCCCAGGAGGGUUCAGAAAGUGAGAAGCGGCGUACCAAUUCUUUCACGGUCUUCUACAAGGCACGUGGGUCACUGCCAAGAUCCUGGCCCCAGCUUUGGGUCAGGAAGCCAUUCUAGUGAGCCAGGUGCCAGGCCCUGGGGAGCCAAAGGGGCUGCUUUUUGGAUUAACUAUGCAAGGGGAUGGGACUUGGGCAGUGUGAAAGGCAGCUAUAGAGAUCAGCUUGUCCUGUGGGAUGCAGGUAGGUGUCCCAGACUAAAAUCCGAGCCCUUAUACCUGAGAUGGUGAUGCUGCCAGGUGCCAGAAGGCUUAAUGGGAGGGAGCUGCUACUUGGAUCUGGGCACAGUAGUCUGAAGAGGGAAUCCACCCCAAAGCUUCUGGUGAUGCUUAGAAAAGCACUUAACUGCAAUUAUAAGGCCCAUUGCCUGGUCUCAGUGUCUAACUCCAAGGGACUGAGGACGCCUGCCUCUGUGAGGCUUUGUGGCAGAGCCAUGCCAAGAAUGGAUCUCUAACUCCACAGUUAGGGGAACCUAUAAAAUGUCAAACCAGCUUCCAACUCACAGAAGCCCAGCCAAGCCCUGGAGAGCCUUCAAGGGCCUGUGCUUUCACUACUUUGAAACCCAACCACCAUUGUCUCCCACCCUAAAAUGCCUCACUACAGGACUACAUGGAAACGGGGACCCUUGGGCCUUGUGAAGAGCAUUGGGAGUCUAGGUCUGGCUUGGGCUCCCUCCAGGCUUCAUGUCACCUGGGUCUAGCCAGCUGAGGACAAACCCACUCCUUAAGAGGGGUCCUGUUAUUUAUGCUUGCUGCACAGGCAAUACUAGGAGAGAAAGCUUUUGUAUUAUUCUUCCACAUACUGGCUGCUGUUUACGUACCCUGCCAAUGCCUUAGCACUGGAGAGCUUUUUGCAAUAUGCUGGGGAAAGGGAAGGGAGGGAAUGAAGUGCCAAAGAAAACGUUUUUAAAAGCUUGUUUUAUACAAUAGAAUGUUUUCUGAUGCCUUUUGUUUUAAUAUAUUAAAACUCUUUCAAAGCCCUUUGAGCUAUA